AUGGCGCUCAGUUGGAACCGGCUAGACUGACUCCAGGCAAGCGAGAGCCUUGUCAAGCUAGUCCGUGUGAGCGAUGGAAGGUGGCGGCAGGGCUUCGUGGAUGAAAUAUGGGUCUGCAGUGCCCCUGUUUGUGCUUAUUUUGGCCAUUUGGUUCCGGUCACCGGACAAUGGGGAACUGGACGACCGACUGGACACCGUGCUGUCCUCGCUCCUCCGCGCAGAACGCAAAGUUGGAAUGAACCACGUCGCUAAACCGAAGGUGGCUAUUGGUUUUGGAGGCUGCGUGGACCUGAUUGUGGACGGCGUGUCCCUGCUCAAUAAGAUCGGUCUCAUUCCCGCCGACCAGCCGCUGCAUCAUGACUACUUAGAAAGCGCUGAGCAGUUGUCUCAGAGCUUCGCCUACUUCUUUGCACCUGGAGCUGCUGCAGAGCGCUUCAUGCUGAACGGGACGCUCUUCAGCGAGUUGGUCGAGGCAUCCCGUGACCUACCCGGAAACCGAUGGGCGGUGGGCGGCAAUGCCCCAGUCAUGGCGGGCCGCAUGGCAACCGAAGGCUGUGAGGUGUUGCUAGGGGGAAGCUUUAGCCACGACUUUACCGAUGUCCUGGCGCAGCACAUCACUGUGGCAGGAAACAUUGUAGAAGAGCAAGACAUUCAUCUCAUCUUGGAAUAUCCAUCUGGUGCCAAGUGGGGGCGCUAUUCCUCCCGUAGAGCCAACAGGUACAUCGUCCACAGUGAUGACCAUAAUCCCUACCUGGCGUCCAUGCAAGAGUUUGCCAAGAAGCUCAGAGACUUUCAACCGGACCUUCUGGUUGUGGGCGGCUUACAAAUGAUGGACAACUUCCCCUUCCAGUCUGGUGAGCGUGGCGCUCUGCUGUCCCGCCUGGCCGAGGUGCUCGACACCUCCUCUCCCACCAUCGGUGUCCAUUUUGAGAUGGCCAGCUUUGUAGAAGAGAGCAUCAUGGAAGACCUGCUUUACUAUGUCAUUCCUCGUGCGGACUCUUUAGGGAUGAAUGAACAGGAACUCCCCAACCUGCUGAGUCUGCUCAAAGGCUCCAACAUCACCGUGCUGUCAGACCCAAACCCUCGUGUAGCGACCGUCCUGGACCAGAUGAGGGAGGUCUACCGCCUGGUCAACCAGCGCUACAAAGACUCCAGCGGGCAGGGUGACGACGCACAAGCAUGGAGCAAACCCCUGACCCGCCUCCACGUGCACACGUUAGCCUUUCAGGCCAUGAUCGUGACCAGAGGCUCCCAGUGGAAGAACACCAUGUCAGCCACCGCCAAAGCCUCGCUCACGGCCAACCGCCACGUGUGCGGCUCCAAUGACAUCGACCCCAGCAAGGCCCGGCUCAUCAUGGACGACUCUUUCUCUGUCAGCCGGAGGGAGGGCAGUCAACGCAUCCCCCUACAGGAGAGCCGGCCCGUCAGCUGCUGGGAGGAAGACGACUAUGAAAUCUGCGUGGCGCCCGUGUUGGUGUGCACAGAGGUGUACCAGACAGCAGGCGGAGGAGACAACAUCUCAGCUGCUGGCCUGGUGCUGCAGAUCUAAAGGAAUCACUCAGUCUCUUUGUGUGUAGCGCUAACCUGCUGUUGUGAUGCAGUGUGUUUGUUGGAGCAAACACUGGCACAGAUAUAACCCAGUUCACUUGUGGUGGACUACAGGGUCUUUUCUUUCUAGACCUUUCCAGUAAGCCUUCACUGAAUGUCUACAGUAUGUUGGCUCAGCGGGUCUUCAGUGACCAAUAUAUGCAUUUCCUUUUUUAAUUUGAAAGUUGUUGAACCUGCCUUCCUCUAACACACUUCUUUACACGCCAUCUUUGCUGAGUCAUUGUAGUCAUGUGACGGCAAGGACUUCUUUCAGUUUGGCCCACAUCGCCUAACCAGUGUCACAUCAUUGUAUGCAAAUGAAAAGGCUUGAUGUUUUUUGCCACCUACAUGCAAUUCCAAGUUCCAUGUAAGAUGGGCAUUGGACUAAAUGUGCAGUCUAAUCAAAUUUGCUGGACCAUACCUUUGCAGGUAGGCUCAUUCCUGUGUCUGUCUUCUCCCAUCUUCUCUUCAUCUAUUUUCAAAGAACUCCAGGUCAGGGGAUUUGAAUGGUUGGGGGCUCCUGUACUUCCUGAAAAACUGAUUUUUGUGCUCACCCCAGACUGUUUACUCUCUCACACUAGGAACUAAAAAAAUCCUUGUGUUUAAACAUAGCUAAAGUUAGUGAGAAUUUUUUUUUUCUCUCAAGCUGCUGCACCUCCCCCCGCCUCACACUUUGAAAAGCCCUGUAACCUUCCAGUACAUGUGAAAGAAUGGCUGUGAGUGUUUUGUUUAAUGUUGUCACACAGUGCAAUAAUGCAGAAAGCAUUAACGAGACCACUGUCAGAGGCUGGAUUUACUCUUCCAGUUUUUCUUCUUUCCAUUUGAUGUUUCGCUGCCCUGCCAUUUUCUACCAUCAUCUUUUAACCACAUUGUGUGUGUGUGUGAGUGACUCUUUAAGGACCAAAUAGUCAGCAAGGACUGCUUCCAAAAACAUUCCCGAUCAUCCAUGCUUAUUUCUUCACUAGUUUCCUAAAUGUUCAUACCAUAGAAGGUUCACAUGUAUCCAUAUUACAGUGUAACAUGUAUGAGGUCAAGAGAAAAUAAGCUACCUUUAUUGAUUGAUGUUCUUUACAUCAUUCUGAUCUGAUGCUGUACUGGGAAUAUAUGCUGGAUGUCAAUGAGCCUUAAUUCUUUCUGGGGGAUCUUUUGGGCUGUGUAUUCUCCAGUGUGAUAGGAAGCUGAACACUAACGGGUCACGUUUUUUGCUGUGAAAUCUUUUUUUGUUGUUUUUGGUAUUUAAAGCAGAAUGUGUGUUGAUAACUUUUAUGCACGUUAAUUAACGUCUCCAAUGUGAUUAAAUGCUGACACAGCAG